GGCUCGGGGCCUCAAGCUGGAACGCGUGCAGGGAAGUACCACCGAGCUCCUGCCCAGAAAUGCGAGCGAAGGGGGCGGAGCAAGGGCAAAGAACAGGGAGGGGGCGGGGCGAUUGGGGCCCCGCGCCGCGCUCGGAGUCUCUGCGCCUAUUGGUGGGCUGAUCGGCGAGCCUCCACCCACGCGUAGGAGAACGGCGAAUAGAGGAGAGCGAUAUGCUGUAUCGCGAGACUUGAACUGAAGCUGGCAGCGCCAUCUUGAAGUCGGGAGAGGCCGUGUCCCGUUCCUGCUCCUAGGGGCUAAUAGAAAAGGGGAUGGGGGCCGCGCAGUGACUGAGAUAGCUGGGUCCUUGCGCUCCUCUUCGGUGGGUGCCGGAGCGGAGCAGGCGGCCGCCGCCGGGGGAGAAUGGUGCAGUCCUGCUCCGCCUACCGCUGCCGGAACCGAUACGACAAAGAGAAGCCUAUCUCCUUCCACAAGUUUCCUCUCACGAGACCUGAUCUCUGCAAAAAAUGGGAAGCUGCUGUUAAAAGGAAAAACUUCAAACCAACAAAGUAUAGCAGCAUUUGUUCAGAACACUUUACUCCAGAUUGCUUUAAAAGAGAGUGCAACAACAAGCUACUGAAAGAAAAUGCCGUGCCCACAAUAUUUUGUUACACUGAACCCAGUGAGAAGGUAAAGACUGAAGAAUUUACAGAGCAACCCGAAGAUCUGUCUGCAGCACCACCACCCCCUCCACCACCCCCUCCUCUGCUACCACCUGCCCCACCGCAACCUUCCUUUCCUUUGUCUCAAAUAGAUGCAAGAUUGGUAGAUCCAAGUAUUGGAUUAUUAAUGCCUCCUCUCCAGACCCCUAAUAAUCUUGCCGUUUUCUGUGAUCACAACUAUACCGUAGAGGAUACAGUACAUCAAAGAAAGAGAAUUCAGCAGCUGGAGGAACAAGUUGAAAAACUGCGAAAGAAGCUCAAGACAGCGCAGCAGCGAUGCAGACGUCAGGAAAGACAGAUUGAAAAACUGCGAGAGAUUGUUCAGUUUCAGAAGGAAAAAGACAUAGUGGCAGGAAAAGGCUAUGUGAUUCUACCUAAUGACUAUUUUGAAAUCGUAGAAGUACCUGCAUAAAAACAUUGACGUUAAUUUUAAAGGGGCAGUGCCAAAUAGCCUCUUCAGAUUAACGCAGAAGUUCAAUUUAAAAACGAAUGCUUUCUAAUUGUGUGUAAAGCCAUUCUAAAAAUAAUAAAGAAGCUAUAAAAUACUCAAUAGAGCACA